GUGGCAGGGUGGGGGCGGCGGCCAGCGCCCGGGCCUCUCGGGACUUGGGCCGCCCGCCGGUCGGGCCAUCUGCGACUCAGGGUAGGGUCCCCGCGGCGAGGGCGAGCGCGAUGCCCUGAAAAGCCCUGAUCCGCUGGGGCAGAGGGUACCCAGCGGGGGCUGGACUCGGUCAUCCGGGGGACUGGCGAGCCCCGGCUGCCGAGCCCCGGCUGCCGAGAAACCACAGGAGGGUUUGCUAGACAAGAAGAGCGGGCCGGAACGUGUGCAGGGCCCCAGCGAACCCUCCCCCACGCACUCACUCCCCUGCCCUCCCAGGAAAGGGGAUUCUAAGCCCAAGAUGCCAUCUCCCCUUUCCUGAGUAUAUUUUCGCUGCUAUUUUCUAACAGGAUCUAGAGGGCGAGUUUUGCAACUUCUAGAGCCAACUCCCCCCUGGAGUCCUCAGAAGAUCUUGCGGCUCGAAAGCUUUCGUGCGUGGGAGCCAGGAGGUGGGCGGGGCGGAGCAGGCUUUCCUUAGGGAAUCCGCAGACCUAACCCACUGCACGCCCCAGCCGGUCUGGUUUGCUAUAAACACGCCAAUCCGAGGUGUUCGGUGGGGAAAAGCUCCUCCUCCCCACGCCCCAUCGCGCCGCACACACGAUCCUCAUGCUUGGCUUUUUCCCGGUUCCUAUCCGCGCCAGGUGACGCUUAGAGUUGAAACCAUGGUUCAUCAGGUGCUCUACCGGGCGUUGGUCUCCACUAAGUGGCUGGCGGAGACUGUCCGAGCUGGAAGGCUAGGGCCUGGCCUGCGGGUACUGGACGCCUCCUGGUACUCACCAGGCACCCGGGAGGCCCGCAAGGAGUAUCUAGAGCGCCAUGUGCCAGGAGCCUCCUUCUUUGAUAUAGAGGAGUGCAAGGAUAAGUCGUCACCCUACGAAAUGAUGUUGCCCAGCGAGGCGGUCUUCGCAGACUACGUGGGCCGCCUGGGCAUCAGCAACGACACGCACGUGGUGGUGUAUGAUGGGGACCAACUGGGCAGCUUCUACGCGCCGCGAGUCUGGUGGAUGUUCCGUGUGUUUGGCCACCGCACAGUGUCCGUGCUCAAUGGCGGCUUCCGGAACUGGCUGAAGGAGGGCCACCCGGUGACAUCUGAGCCCUCACGCCCAGAACCGGCAGUCUUCAAAGCCACACUUGACCGCUCCCUACUCAAAACCUACGAGCAAGUGCUGGAGAACCUCCAAUCGAAGAGGUUCCAGCUGGUGGAUUCAAGGUCCCAAGGGCGGUACCUGGGCACAGAGCCGGAGCCAGAUGCCGUAGGACUGGAUCCGGGCCACAUCCGCGGCUCGACCAACAUGCCAUUCAUGGACUUCCUGACAGAGGACGGCUUGGAGAAGAGCCCAGAGAUGCUCCGUGCCAUGUUCGAGGACAAGAAGGUAGACCUCGCAAAGCCGCUCAUCGCCACAUGCCGGAAGGGUGUCACCGCCUGCCACAUUGCCCUGGCGGCCUACCUCUGCGGCAAGCCUGAUGUGGCCAUCUAUGAUGGCUCCUGGUCCGAGUGGUUCCGCCGGGCCCCCCCGGAGACCCGUGUGUCCCAGUGGAAUGACAGGAAGGCCUGAGCAGUGGGCCUCUCCUCCACUCGCCCAUUUAGUGGUUGGCCUGGCCUGCAGUGGGCUCACACUGCUUCAGCAAAGGAGAGCUACGAGUUUUAGAAUUGCUGUGCAAAGCGCUCGUUUCCCCCAACAACACUGGAAUAAACGUGGCCUUUUCCGAUU